GCCUCAUUUUGCAAAAUAUAAAACCUCCCCGACGAUUACGAGUAAAAUGCACUUUUAUUAGCGUGAACUCUCCAACGGAAAACAGACGGGAAAAAACAUUUGCAAAAUUCAAUUCAAUGGCAAACAGCAAUUUACCCCGGAGAAUCAUCAAGGAGACUCAGCGUCUUCUCAGCGAACCAGCACCGGGGAUAAGUGCAUCUCCAUCAGAAGACAAUAUGCGGUAUUUCAAUGUUAUGAUUCUUGGUCCAACACAGUCUCCUUAUGAAGGAGGUGUUUUCAAGCUGGAGUUAUUUUUGCCCGAAGAGUACCCAAUGGCUGCUCCCAAGGUUCGGUUCCUCACCAAAAUAUACCACCCUAACAUUGAUAAGCUAGGAAGGAUAUGCCUUGAUAUUCUUAAAGACAAGUGGAGUCCUGCUCUCCAGAUUCGAACAGUUCUUUUGAGCAUUCAAGCACUUUUGAGCGCUCCAAACCCCGAUGAUCCACUCUCUGAAAACAUUGCUAAGCACUGGAAAACAAAUGAGGCCGAAGCUGUUGAAACAGCAAAAGAAUGGACGCGUUUAUAUGCAAGUGCUGAGUGAAGUACAUGGAACUCAGGGCUUUGAUAUAACAAAAACAUGUAUUGAUUGAAGAAAUUGACGAUGCUCAAACCAAUGGGAAUUUAAAUUAAUGUUCUCAAAGGGUAGCAUUACUAUAAGAUUACUCCUGCUUUUGAAUUCUGUAAUUGGAGUUUUAUAACGAGAUGAGAUACUCUUCGUGUUUUUUCUUCCUCGUUGUCUCAAAUUUUACCUUAAAACUCUAUAAUUUGUCUGGUGUACUAUAUUCAAUUGUAACAAUAUCCUGCUGUUUGGGAUCUGUAGAAUUUUUAUUUAUUUAUUUAUUUUACUUUUGAUGAA